AUGGAUCUAUCUAAGGCUUUCGAUUGUCUCCCUCACGAUCUUCUACUGCUUAAGCUUGAAGCAUAUGGUCUUUCAACUUCCUCAUUAAAACUCAUUAAAAAUUACUUAUCUAACAGGAAACAAUGUGUUCGAGUUGGCUCUAGUCUGAGCAAUUGGCAAAACAUAUACAAAGGAGUACCACAAGGUUCUAUUCUAGGUCCUAUACUGUUUAACAUCUUCAUUAAUGACAUAUUUCACUUCACCACAAACAGUUCACUCUACAAUUAUGCUGAUGACAACACAUUAUCUUAUGCAAAUAGAGAUAUAGACACCGUUAUCUCCACACUUGAAAAAGACAGUUUGGCUCUAAUAGAAUGGUUUUCUUCCAAUCAAAUGAAGGCAAACCCUGAAAAAUUUCAAGCUUUGGCAAUUGGCAAAAAAACAAUGGGCAAAAACAUUACAUUUGAUCUAGCAGAAGCUAUUGAUGAUCUUUUGAUAAGAGGACUUAUUAUUGAAUGUACUAAUGAUAAACCAUUAGUUGUAAAUCCUCUAACUGUUUCUGUUCAAAACAAUGGUAAAAAACGUUUAAUUUUAGAUCUACGUCAUGUAAAUUUGCAUCUGUGGAAGACAUCUGUGAAAUUUGAAGAUAUCCGUGUAGCUAUGCAAUUUAUUAAACAAGAUUUUUAUUGUUUUAAGUUUGAUAUACAUUCAGCUUAUCACCAUUUAGACAUAUACGAGCCGCAUACAGAUUACCUUGGUUUUUCUUGGACAUAUGGUGAAAGUACAAAGUAUUUUAAAUUUCUCGUCCUACCUUUUGGAUUGAGUUCUGCCUGUUAUAUAUUUACCAAAGUCACCAGGCCGCUAAUUAAAAAAUGGAGAGGUGAGGGUAAACAAAUUCUUAUGUAUUUAGAUGAUGGAUUUGGCACCCAUUCUGAUAUUAAUUCGUGUACAGAUAUUGCCGCACAAGUUAAACAAGAUCUUAUUGAUAGUGGGUUUGUACCCAAGGUUGAAAAAUUCAUGUGGUCUCCCAGUAAAACAUUGAUAUAUUUAGGCUAUUUUAUUGAUACAGACAAAGCUAUUCUGAGCAUUCCAGUUGAGAGACUGUCAAAAUUGUUUGAUACUAUUAUACAAGUUGAACAAUCUUUAGGUAAUUUAGGUAGAGUUUAUGUGAGAACUAUAGCUUCCGUUAUUGGCCAGAUUAUAUCCAUGUCGUAUGUUAUAGGAAAUGUGGCUUAUAUUUUGACUAAAUAUCUUAGUAUUGAUGUAAUGUCAGCUUGUUCUUGGAAAUCUUAUAUUGAACUUUCAGCUCAAAGUAAAGAGCAGCUUAUAUUCUGGAAGAAAAAUAUUAAAUGUGUUAAUUUUAAACAUUUUGUAUCCGAUUUUUCGUGUCACACUAUUGUUUAUAGUGAUGCUAGUGGCACUGGAUAUGGUGGAUACACAGUAGAAAAUCCUAAGAAUAUUGCUCAUGGUAUGUGGCAUGAAACCGAUGUACACCGUAGUUCUACUUGGAGAGAACUUACGGCUGUUGAAUGUGUAUUGCAUUCUUUGAUAGAUUUUAUGAGUGAUAAACGCAUUAAAUGGUUUACGGGUAACCAAAACGUUGUUUCAAUUGUUCAUAAAGACAGUAUGAAGCCUGAUUUGCAAGAUAUUGCAUAUGACAUUUUUGUGACUUGUUUAAAGUACAACGUGUCCUUAGAGGUUGAAUGGAUACCCAGGGCUCAGAAUGAAAUUGCAGACUAUAUUAGUCGUAUCAUAGACACUGAUGACUGGGCCAAACUAGGAUUUGGUUCUGAAUAUGUUUUAAUAUGA